AGCGUCCCUUGUUUUGUCUCUCUCUCUUUUCUCGGAUAGGUGAGGCGCUUGGUGGAUGUUCUGUCACUGCACUCGAGCUGUUCGACGAAACGCCCCUGAGAAAAACUUCUUCCUCGGACACCAUGAUUCCGAAGCCGCUGCGCUCCCUCGGCGCCGGUGCUGCCGUAAUCCUUGGCGGCUUCGUCUCUCUCAACGUCGUCUCCAGCAUCACCAUCGGCAUGCUCCGGUCCGUCGCAGAGACGAAACGGAAAAAGUUCGCGUUGCCUUGCGUGGUGUGUAAAGGGAAAGGGUUUUACGUAUGCAAGCUGUGCAAAGGGAAUGCCACGAUCCAGUGGUCGCCAUUGCACGACCCCAUCGUCAUAAGCCCCUGCGUUUGCCCCACUUGCGACGGAAACAGGGUACAGCGUUGUCUGAACUGCUUGGGGAAGGGUUAUAGUUGAGUGGUGAUUAAUGUUGAUACAUCGAAGCGUUCGUGAUUUAUCAAAGCUGUCCAGAUAGUGGAAAAGUAAAGCAGCUGUGCAACUAGAAGCAAGAGCGGCGGCAUCGGGUAGAUGUGUGACAGCUCGGUCAAGGAAGUACCAUUGUUAGUUUCAGAUACUUCAAGAUUCCCAUGUAAAUUUAGGCAAAAUGUUAAAUGGUUUUGCCGAUCAAGUAUCUUUGGAUGCACCUGCCACUUGAGAUUGUCGUCAGCGAGCUUUACGGAUUAUGUUGGAUUAGUAGUGUUUAUUAUUUCUAAAAGUCCCAUGUGAUGGCUUCGACAUAGUGGCUGCAUCUGAGAUAGGUAAACCGAGGAUCAAUGAACUUGUGGCCUUAGUUGAUGUUGCGAGUGGUCCGUCCGAGUUUGGCAGCUGGAUUAGCGGUAUGAUAUUUAUUGUCACGGCUGUUUGUAUUGUGAAAUGUUGUAAAAUGGGACUAUGAAGCAUCAAAUUUUACCGAGCUGUUAUAUACUUCUAUUCCUUUGUAAAUGUAAUAUCCCAUUGCUUGC